AUGGAAGGUCUAAGCAUAAUGAUCCAAGCUUCAGUGGAUAUCAAAGACAUUACUCUAAUAUAUCCUGCUAAAGGAAGUCCUUCAAUAUCUCACUUGUUCUUUUCAGAUGACUGCAUUCUAUUCUCCUCUGCCAAAAUGAGCUCCAUAAAUAAUCUUAAGGAUAUCAUCAACAAGUUCUGCAAAGCCUCUGGUCAAAUGGUGAAUCUCAGCAAAUCAAGCAUACAUUUUAAUAAAAGGAUUGAGGAUGAAAUAAAGCAACAAAUCUGCAAUACUAUGAAUAUAAAUGUUAUGCCCUUGGAAGAAAAAUAUUUGGGAAUAAAUCUAUUCAUAGAAAGGAAGAAAUCCAACUCUUUCAAAAGCAUAAAGGAGAAAAUGCAGAGAAGACUGAUUCAGUGGAAAGCUGGUUUCACAAAUCAAGCUGGAAGAAGCACACAAAUCCAAGUUGUUACAAACUCUAUGGCUCAAUUUCAGAUGAGCUGCUUCAUGUUACCUAAGAAAAACAUAAAUGAUCUUGAAGCAAUGCAGAGAAGAUAUUGGUGGAAUAGAAAACAAGGAAAAGGAGGAUUCUUAAAAUCUUGGGAGAGUGUGAAUAUACCAAAAAGAUGGGGAGGGAUGGGUUUUAAAAAUCUGCAAGUUUUCAAUGAAGCAAUGGUUACAAAACUGGCUUCGAGGAUGAUACAAGAAAAGAACAAGAAUGGGUGGAAGUUCUUAAAGCUAAACAUUUUAAAAAUGAAGAUAUUCUUCAAGAAGAUGUUUCAAAUAAAGGGAAUGAUAUUUGGAGAAGUAUAA